AUACAGAUACAGAUACACAUACAGAUACACAUACGUAUGUGUAUGUAAGUUGCAAUGUCGAAGCGCAACAAUAAGGAGAAGGUUGAGGCGCUACGCCGGCGGCAUGCGAAAUUGCGUUUCAAGAGAUUGGUUCGUGUUGCGUUGGUCAACAAUCAUUGGAUAGCCGAAGUGGAUGAACAUGGCCUCACAUUGAAUGUUAAGAAGAAUGUUGCAAUGCUAAUACGUAAGCAGCACAAGACGGGCAUUCUCACCAUGGCCCAAAAAGGCUUGUUAGCCACACCGCACCACACACGAUCCAUAGAAGAGAGAAAGAAACUGUGCAACAUUGUUGCCGGUCUCGACUGCUUUGCGCAAAUCCCACCGAAAAUUCGUGCUCGUUUGGUGCCACAUUUGCAUUUCAUGCUGGUCAGAUCGGGUCGCACCUUGAUGAAGGCAGGCGAUCUACCGACUGCUGUUUACUUUGUUGUUAGCGGUGGCAUCGAAAUGUCAACACGAAUAUAUAACAAGGUUACCCGCAAGUUCGAACAGAAGCCUGAGGUAUUUUUGGGACCAGGCGACUGGAUUGGUGAGGUUGAGCUUCUAGAGAAUGACAUCAGGUUGAAUACGUAUAUAGCCACAGAAAAUUCUGAAAUUCUGGUACUCGACGACUUUGACUUCGAUGCGCUGCUGAAGCCAUAUGUGAAAAAAGUUUGGAUUGAGAAGAAAAAAGCGAUUACCUCUCUCAGUUACCUGAAAUUUAUGAAUGACGCCCAGGUUGUGAGCGCCUGCAAGUUCGGGAUUUUACGGCAAUAUGAUCCGCUAAAUACGAUAUAUCCGGAAGAUAAGGAUAACAGUCAUGUGCAUUUUGUCUUAAGCGGCGAAUGCGUUUUAUUGCAGUGCCUCCGUAUGACGAUCUCAUAUGUGAGCGGAGAAACACAGUAUAAACUAUACAAUGCGGUUGUGGAGACAAGUGAAAAUGAUGAGGAUGACGACAAACCGGAUCCGUUUGAUGUUAGGGAACUGUUGCGUUCAAACACUUCGCUUGACGAGGCCGCACAUAUCCAAAAGAAAGUGCAACGCAAGGCGGAAUUCGCGAAAAUCGAGGCAAACUGUAAGCUGAUGAAUAGGAAACAAGUGUCUGUUGUGGAAAGUCCACCGAAUUAUCAACAAUAUCAUCAUCAUGACCAUCAUUAUGAUCACCAUCAGAGGAGAACCAAAGUUCCGAAGACAUUGGAAAAGUUGUGGGAAGACGGGCAGAUGGAAGACUACGAAGAUUAUAUUGAAAAUCCAUCAAUUGACGAUGAUGAUUCGAAAAGUCGAGAACCUUUGUCUUCCCUCAUGCACAGUCAAUCAAGUAUAGUGUCCAAAUUGUUGAGCCAGCGAGCGGAAUCUGAAGAGUCGGAAAUAAAUACAGCUUCGACAUCGUCUUCGUCCUCGAAUGCCACAUUUUCAGGGUCGAAAAACCAGCGAGACAAGAAGAACAACUAUAUGUCGCAUUUUAUUGACGUUGGAUCGUUGGGCUUUGGUGGCUUAUUCGGUGUUGGCGAGAAGGGGGACCAUCGUGUUGUUAUGGCCCGAACGACAGUCCAAUGCCUGCUUAUCCCGCUCUACUGGCUAAUGGACGAGGAUCAGAAUCCGGGCCACAUUUGGCAGCGAAUGCGUUUCUAUUUGGAUCGCUGUAUACCAACCAGAGAGAUGCUUUUUCAGGAUUUUAUCAAGUCGCGUCAAUGGUCACAAUUCAAGGACGAUUGCGUUGAGCAAUUCACUCACUCGACCACAAAUCCCACGAAGAUCGAGGAUAUACCCAUCUUCAUUCGCAUCGUUGAGUCAAAACAUAUACAGCCCCAUUCUUAGGUUUUCUGAAGCUUCUAUAAGUUUGUGCAAUACAAAAUGUUUUAAACUCUGAUCGAAAU